AUGAAGGAUAGCAUUACUUUCCGGGCUAUUAUGUAUAUAUUUAAUGCUAAUGAAUUUGAAAAAAUAGGAGCUGGCGACUUAUGUUUAUUUCAGGAUAGUAAUAAAAAUUGGUUGAGCUUUAUCAAAUCAAAGGAAGAGGUAGCUUUGAAGCAUGAGUUAUUCCCUUUCAUCAAACUUAAAAAUCAUCCGUCUUCCUCUACUAGUUGGAUCUAUUCUGUAGAACACGAUCAUAUAACAAAUAAAAAAGUUACAGUUGCCUUUAGAUUUAAAAAUAUAGUUGACAGUUCUUGUUUUAAAGAGAAUUUUGAGAAACUUUGUCAGGAGUCUGGAAAUCUUCCUUCUGUCCUUCGAGAUAAUAUAGCUCCAAAAGAAUUUUCUUCUCUCUGCGAAAAACAAGAUAAGAAAAAUUUAGCUAAUAUUAACUUAAAAGUCUCUCCCGAUUUACAGGAACAAAAUAAAAAUACUUCAGUGCUUAUAGAAAAUUUAAAGCUGCCCUUCUUUAAAGAGUUUAGAAUCACCGUACCUCUACCCGAUACUUUCGGAUUUUUACCAGUUUCUGCUCAAAAACAAAAUGUGACGAAAUAUAUACAAAAAUUGCCUCUCACUAUACGUCCUACUGAGCAAUGGAUCACUAAAAGCAUCUCAAAACCUGUAGAGCACACACCUUUAAGAACCUUAACGAAAAGCAGCGUCGGUGCAGCAGAGACACCUUUUAGUAAAAAUUCUCAAGAGAGGCCAGCAGAUACUGAAUUUCCACUCCGCUUAGAUGUAUUUGAGUCGCUCCCAUCUUGGGUAUCCAGCUUUGAAAAAAAACUGAGCAAUUUUGAUAGCGAGUUUAUAAAACUCCAGUACGGCGUCGGAUCACUUUUUUCUGCAAUUAAUUUCCAAACUAAACUGUCCUGCCUUUUGCGUCCAUCAACGUCCAGUAGAUUUAUAGUUAGUGAAAAUAUUGCGUGCAUUCAGUACGGCCCAUCGCAAUUUCUAUUCUUCGAUUUAAAAAUGCUACUAAUGGGAAAACAUAUUUACGAGUUUUUAGAGUCCAAGAGGGAAGUUCAAGUUGCGCUUUUGAAUAAAAGUGGGACGAAGCUUGCUCUUGUUAAUCGCAGUUCUGUAAGUGUGAUGGACGUUCCGCCUCUGAAGAACCAAGUCACCACAGUUACUCUCCAAAGGGAAGCGACUUGCAACAGUGCUGCCCCUGUGGAUUAUAAGUGGCAUCCAUCAACCCUCUUUCUAACUCAUUUAUUAAUUUUGUGGAGUGAUAACUACCUUCGUAUAUACAACUCUGAAUAUUUCAACGGCGGUGACGAACUUUAUAUGGAAUCAGAAAUCUCUUUAAGCCUAGAAUCUACACCCACUCUCUCUCGAAAUCGAGUAGUUUCCUUUGAUAUCCCUCCAGAAGGAAAAGGGUGGAGCAGGCUGGCCGUGUACGUAUUGACUCUGGAGGGUCGCGUUUACGUCUUGUGCCCGGUCGUCCCUUUCUCUGCUCUUACAAAAAGCGGCUGGGAUUCUAUAGCAGAGGAGGUAAAACUCCAGCAAGAGAAUGGUUUAGAUUCCUUAGUUAUACGCAAAUGGUUAAACUCAUUGCUGGAAAUUAUUGGCCCUUUGGGGGGUCAAGAAGAUACCUUGAAGAAAAGAUGGUUUGAAAGCUACAAACCUGUUCUUCAAGGACCUCUUCACUUAGUCAAGCCAACUCAAUAUAGUCAGAACUGUUCCCUUUCUUUGAGCGACCGAUUUAAUAUUGCUACUCGGCCCGUCCUCUUGCGCUGCGUAAAUACGCAACCAGAUGCUGUAAUCCUCGCCUUUAAAAACGGUGUAGUUCUUUACUGUAACGCUCUGGGGCCGCCGCUACUGCCGAAAUGGAGGGCCUCUUCUUCGUACUACACCAGUCUCGCAUGUCCUCUAGUUUUUAUGUACAGGGAAAUUCAGGGUGAAAAGCUUAAUUUUUCACAAGAAGAAAAUAAUCUUAAAAUUUCGCCUCUUUUAAAAGAUCCCUCUGAGUGGGAUGUUGGUGGAGAGCAUUCGAAAAGUUUAGAAUUUUUUGAUGUUAUUCCUGUUAGUGACGCGAAUACUCAAGCGUUUCUUAUUAUCCGUGCGGAAUCCAUUUACGUGGUCGAGUUACCACUUUCUAUAGACUACGACGAUUACCGGCAGAAUUUGGUUAAUGCUGAACCGUUAAUUGCGACGAAAUUGCUUUCUGUACUCAACAGUAACGACAUCGGCGAUGUUUUUUUGUUAGGAGUCGCAUUUUUUCGUCUGAUCCAAAGUUCGGAUCUUAAUGUUCGGCGUUGUUUGCUGGUCUUGGCCUUGACUUCAGGGGGAGAGUUUUGUGUAUUUCCGUACGUUUCUGCGGAGAGCCGAAAGGGAUUUGUGCACAACAUUUUCCCUAGACAGAAAUUAUAUUGGUCACGCGGUCUCCCAAGAGCACCUGAUCAUAAGCCAUUGGACUUUUACGACUACCUACUCCGUUUGAUGACGCUUAUAAAUUCUGCGUCUUCCUUGAUUCUUAACUUUUCACUUGAAGUUCAAGAGCUACGCAACACCUGCGCCGCUAAAGUGCAGGAACUGGAAGAAAUGUUUAAUAAAUUUCAAAUAAAAAUCAGCGCCUGCCAGCAGGGAGCCACGCAGCUUCAGAGCCUUCUUAAAAAAAAAUAUAAAGGUGAGUUACUUAAACACGACGGAGAGAAGGAUCUAAAAUUCGGAUUGCAGACUUUACAGAAAGGAAACAUUUUAAAGGGCUUCAUGAAGAAUUCACUUUUGGAUUCUCAACAAAAGGAAAAAGUUAGCAGACUUAUUGAUCAGAAUGAUUUGCUUAUUGAAAUGAACUUGAGAAAACUUCGCUUUACGCAAAAAGCACUGGAAAAAUUGAAUAUUUAA